UGUAAGUUUUUUUUUACGAUUAUUGUGCGAUUCAAUGAAACGAACAAUAUUUAGAUUACAUCAAAUUAAUAGGGAUUCAUAGAGAUAUUAUUAAAUUUAGUCCCGACCCUAUUAUCAACAAUAUCGCGUUUAAGCGAUUAUGACAGCAUAUUAUAUUUUCCAUUAAGACUCGAAUAUUAUUGAUAUCGAAUAUCUCAUGCGCAAUGCGCAAAAUCCUAACGCGAAGAUUAAAUUGUUCCACUAAACUCACCAUGUCGUAAUAAGAUAAUAAAACGGAUCGUAAACGAGAUAAAAUCGCACAUUUAAUUAACUUGAGAAAUGAUUUACUCGUAACAAAUAAUCAAUGCUCGUUCAUAUUACAUAAAUCUUCAUCAACUAUCAUUAUUUCAUUCUCUUAUUCAUUGAUUAACAUUAUAUUUCAUAAUUCUCUGCACAUAUAAAUUUCAAUAUAGAGAUAGAGAAUUUAAGAAAUACCUAGAGCUGUGUGAGAAUUUUAAUACAAAGAUUUUAUUUUAGUUAUAUUUUUAACAUUUGUGAUUUUAAAUUCAGUUUCUAUAUGUGUUUUUAAUAAAAGAAUAAAGGAAAUGAAAUAAUUCCUCAUUCAAAUGAAUCGGAUAAAAUUUCCCGAUUUUCAAAACCGGAGACUGCGUCAGCGGAAUUUUUAAAAUUGCAUCGCCGUUGCACUUUGAACCGCAUUAUGCAUCAUAUUUCUUUGUGAAAAACUUUGGAGGCGCUGUCAUUCAUCAUUUAUUACCGAGGCGUAUCUCUAUUCCAGUGAAAACAAAAAUUACACGGGACUUUUCCUUUCCUUUGCGAUCGCGUAGAUUCAUUGACGGUGAUCUAUGGUGGGUGUCUUCGGCGGGGAAUCGGACUGCCAGAGUGGGAGAUGAAUUAUAAAGUGACGUUCUACGGUGAGAGGUCUUACAGUUACACUUUGCCCGUUUGCUGCAGCAAAGCAGCGCCGUUGCACGUGCGAGCCUUCGCCGGGUCACGUGUGUAUCGGAGUGUGUAUCGACAAGAGAUUUUCAUCGGGAGAAGAGCUGCGCUUCCCAGUCAGUGUAACAAUGUCGUACGGUCUAUCAGUUGGUCCAACAUGCCCGAUAUCCCUCGGGCCGAGCCUUGCCCAGGUCUGUCCCGGGGCACAGUUUUUGACGUUUAUGUCGAUUUUGGAAGUGCUCGUGCAGUCCCAGGAGAAGGUGUCUGAGUCGUGCCGGCGUGUAAGGCCGAAAAAUCCGAUCGACUACUACUACGAUUUCAUCGUCAUCGGCGGAGGAUCAGCCGGUGCCGUGGUGGCGUCUAGACUGAGCGACAUACACGAAUGGAAAGUUUUGUUGCUAGAAGCCGGCCCGGACGAACCACCGGGUGCUGAGGUUCCCAGUAUGGUGGCAAUGUUUCUGGGAACUGACAUUGACUGGCAGUAUCAAACCACGAACGAGAUGAACGCUUGUCUGUCAACCGGCGGAGCCUGCAGUUGGCCGCGCGGUAAAAACCUAGGCGGGACGUCCGUCCACAACGGUAUGAUGUACAACCGAGGCCACGCGAAAGAUUUUGACAAUUGGGCGGCCAUGGGUAAUUCCGGAUGGAGCUGGCGCGAUGUCCUGCCGUACUUCAUGUGCUCCGAAAACAAUACGGAGAUACACCGAGUUGGUCGCAGGUAUCAUUCAACCGGUGGUCUGUUAACAGUCGAACGGUUUCCAUGGAAGCCUCCAAUCGCGGAUGACAUCCUCGCGGCGGCGGCCGAAAGAGGAUACCCGAUUAGCGAGGACCUGAAUGGUGACCAAUUUACCGGGUUCAGUGUGGCUCAAACCACAAGUAAGAGCGGUGUCCGGGUGAGUAGCGCCUCGGCGUUUCUCCGACCGGUACGGCAUCGGCGCAAUUUGCACGUCUCUCUAAACGCUGUCGCCACCAAGAUUAUUAUUGAAAAUAACAAGGCCGUUGGAGUCGAAUUUUAUCAGGACGGUGAACUUCGAGUUGCUCGCGCCACAAAGGAGGUAAUCGCCUCCGGUGGUGCCGUAAAUUCGCCUCAACUGUUGCUACUCUCCGGAAUCGGACCGAAGGAACAUCUGCAAGCGGUGAACGUCACAGUCGUCAAGGAUCUUCCAGGUGUCGGGGAGAACCUGCAUAAUCACGUGUCGUACACUUUAUCGUGGACCAUCAAUCAGCCGAACCUGUACGAUCUGACCUGGGCGAGCGCCACGGAGUAUAUCGCCUUCCAGAAAGGACCGAUGUCGUCGACCGGUUUAUCGCAAUUGACCGCAAUGCUACCAUCAAUCUACACGACACCAGACCAUCCUGAUAUCCAGCUGUUCUUCGGCGGUUAUCAGGCGGCCUGCGCAACUACUGGUAAAGUCGGUGCGAGUAUGAACGAUAACGGUCGCAGUAUCAGCAUGUCGCCGACAAUGACGCACCCGCGUAGCAAGGGCAAGCUGCGUCUCGCGAGUAACAACCCCCUUGAGGCGCCGGUCAUCUGGGGCAACUACCUGAGCGAUCCUAUGGACGUGACGAUCCUCGUCGAAGGUAUUGAGAUCGCCUUGUCCCUCGCCAAUACCAGUGCCAUGGCCAAGUACAAUAUGACUCUGAAUCACAGACCGUCACCCGCGUGCUCUCAGUAUACCUCUCUAAGCAAGGAGUAUUGGACGUGCGCCGUGCACCAGGACACCGGCCCGGAGAAUCAUCAGGCGGGCUCCUGCAAGAUGGGUCCGCAUGAUGAUCCCAUGGCCGUGGUCGAUCAUCGAUUGAGGGUAUACGGCAUCAGGAAUCUCCGCGUGGCCGACGCGUCCAUUAUGCCACAGGUAACAUCCAGCAACACGGCAGCCCCGGCGAUGAUGAUCGGCGAAAAGGCGGCCGCGUACAUCAAGUCCGACUGGGGCGUUGCCGGUACACAAUGGUACGAACAUGGGAAAGAACAUUGGAAACACAAUCCACACCAUCCUUGGCGGCCUCAUAGUCACCAGCAAUUUACCAUGUUUCCCUAGUUCACACACGACGAUCGACAGCACGCUGGACCUGUUACUCUGGGGGAUCAAGUACAUCGACUGGGAUCAGGCUAUAUGGUAGCCGGGCUCCACGAUCUAUCUAGUCUCUUAUUGCAUCCAUCAAUGCGCUUUCCGCAGCCUAAGAAAGUCGGCGAGAACGCGACCAAAGGCGAGGACUCACUGGAAGAUCCCUGUAGGCUGCGAUUUCCUUUCUCCUCGGUAUGACCGAGCGGUCGAGCCGGACUUACAUCUCGCUCGUACGCUCUAUACGUUACGUUUAGAAAUUAUGCCGUUGCAAUUAUUUGUUACUAACGCAGUGAGGCGUACGACUGAAGACAGAGUCGUUAUCUCGCUGUAUCGCCAUGUAUUAAUUUUCAGUUAAGAAUUUCCUAAGAUUAUGCGACUCGCAGCGUCGCGGCUACCGAGAGGUCUGUUAUCAAUCAAUUAGCCGUGGCGCAACGGACGCAAAUCUCCAUACAACUUACUUACAAAUAUUGUUACUGUUAUUAUUAAUUCCUUAAACAUACUAUUUCCUAUUGUUUUUAGUUACCAUAUGCACCAAGAGUUUAGAUUUACGAAAAAGUUUAGAUGUACAUAUUAUGCUAAUAAUCUAUUUCAAUAUCGCGUUCGUAGUACCUUUCGAUAGCUGUGGCAUAUAACAUAUCACCCAUGGAUGUCUUAUUAAAAAAUAAUGACCAAAGACAGAUUCUGGUACCUGGUACACCAAUCGCCAAAAAGCAUAGUAAUUAAUAAUUAAUGAAAAAAAUGUGUUGAAAAUGAAAUGAAUUAUAAAUAUAGACGACUCGUUCGCUCUCAGAGUGUUUGGGUGUAAAUCAAAAUACUGUAAAUAAAACAAGAUUGCAGAGACCAAAGAU